GCUUGCUUCUGGCGGCCUGGCUCCUGCAUGGGAGUGAGGCCCACAGCCACUGGGCAAGAAGCCUGGCCCUUCCUGCACCCUGCGUCCUUGCCUGCCAGCCUCCUGGAGGCUCCUCUGUAACUCUUUGCUUUCCUGAGGGGAGCAGAGAGCUCUGGAAGGGCACUCCUUGGGGGCCAGGUGUUCAUGCUGAGGGGCAGGAAUCCUGGCUUAGAAAGGGAGGGGGUGUUUUCCAUGAGACUCUUGGGCCAGAACCAGAGGAGCCAAGCAGCACAAGGCUAGCAUCAGAAAACUCCCUGGGGGGGCAGGUCCCCCGUUCCUGGCAUGCAGCCUCAAUCCUGGGGCCUGGCUGCCAGCUUCCGCUUGGGCUGGCAAAGGGGGCCAGCAGUUGGCCUCUCAGGCUCUGAGCUGGCUGGGCACGAUAUGUCAGGGUGACAGGGGCCCCUUAGGGGCCUCGCGUGGGAGGGCUGAGGGCACUGCCAGCUCAUCUGUCCGUGGCAGGCAGUUUUGUAUGGUCACCAGCAGUGGGUGUCAUGGGCUCUGGUCACCUUCUCCCUGACGGACACUGACCCAGUCGCCCAGUGCCUGCAGGGCCCACCCUUCCCUGAGCAUCAGUCAUUGGGAGUGUGUCCUCAGCCAGGCUGGGGGAGGGCUCGGGGUAGGCUGCUGGUUAAAUUUAGUGUGGAACAGUGCAGCUGCCCAACGUCCACCUGCCACCACAGCUGCCACUUGGGCCCUACUGCCAUGGGGGGUGUGGGGGCUGGCUCCAUGUGGGGCUUGGUGCAUAUUAACCUGUGCUCCAGCCUGGGGGCCAGAGGAGCAGGCCUGCAGCUGGGAGGCCGAGGUGGCAGCGGAGCCGAGAGGUGCAAGGGUCAUGGCCUUGAGGGCAAGUGACCACAGCCAGGCUGCCAUGAACAGGCUGAAGGAGAAGGUGCUGACGCUGGACACUAUGAACCCGUGUGUUCGGAGCGUGGAGUAUGCAGUGCGAGGCCCCAUUGUGCUGCGUGCCCUGGAGCUGGAGCAGGAGCUGCGACAGGGCAUAAAGAAGCCCUUCACUGAGGUCAUCCGUGCCAACAUCGGGGAUGCACAGGCCAUGGGGCAGAAGCCCAUCACCUUCCUGCGCCAGGUCCUGGCCCUCUGCAUCCACCCCGAUCUCCUGAACAGCCCCAACUUCCCUGAGGAUGCCAAGAGAAGGGCGGAGCACAUCUUGCAGGCGUGUGGGGGCCACAGCCUGGGGGCCUACAGCGUCAGCUCCGGCAUUCAGCUGAUCCGGGAGGAUGUGGCACGGUACAUCCAGCAGCGCGACGGAGGCAUUCCCGCGGACCCCAACAACAUCUUCCUGUCCACGGGGGCCAGCGACGCCAUCGUGACGGUACUGAAGUUGCUGGUGGCUGGCGAAGGUCAUACACGCACGGGCGUGCUCAUCCCCAUCCCUCAGUACCCGCUGUACUCGGCCACCCUGGCAGAGCUCAACGCUGUGCAGGUGGACUACUACCUGGAUGAGGAGCGCGCCUGGGCGCUCGACGUGGCGGAGCUGCGGCGCGCGCUAUGCCAGGCGCGUGACCACUGCCACCCGCGCGCACUCUGCGUUAUCAACCCCGGCAACCCCACUGGGCAGGUGCAGCCCCGCGAGUGCAUCGAGGCCGUGAUCCGCUUCGCCUUCGAAGAGCAGCUCUUCCUGAUGGCUGAUGAGGUGUACCAGGACAACGUGUACGCUGAGGGCUCGCAGUUCCACUCGUUCAAGAAGGUGCUCAUGGAGAUGGGGCCGCCGUACGCGGCGCAGCAGGAGCUCGCCUCCUUCCACUCGGUCUCCAAGGGCUACAUGGGCGAGUGCGGGUUCCGCGCCGGCUACGUGGAGGUGGUGAACAUGGACGCCGCGGUGCAGCAGCAGAUGCAGAAACUGAUGAGCGUGCGGCUGUGCCCGCCCGUGCCAGGCCAGGCCCUGCUUCACGUGGUGGUCAGCCCGCCCGCGCCCUCCGACCCCUCCUUCGCGCAGUUCCAGGCGGAGAGGCAGGCGGUGCUGGCCGAGCUGGCGGCCAAGGCCAAGCUGACAGAGCAGGUCUUCAACGAGGCUCCGGGCAUCCACUGCAACCCGGUGCAGGGCGCCAUGUACUCGUUCCCGCGAGUGCAGCUGCCCCCGCGCGCUGUUCUGCGCGCUCAGGAGCUGGGCCUGGCUCCUGACAUGUUCUUCUGCAUGUGCCUUCUGGAGGAGACCGGCAUCUGCGUGGUGCCUGGGAGCGGCUUCGGGCAGCGGGAAGGCACCUACCACUUCCGGAUGACCAUUCUGCCCCCCGUGGAGAAGCUGCGGUCCCUGCUGGAGAAGCUAAGCCAGUUCCAUGCCAAGUUCACUCGCCAGUACUCCUGAGGCCCCCCUCUGGGGCCCAGGCCCGGCCAGGCUGGUGUGGCAGGGCCAACCCUAGACUGACCAUGCCCAGGGCCCUGGGUGUCUCACUCCUGCAGCCUGUGGGGCUGGGCCCCUGCCUCUCUGUAGGCCCCUAAUAAAGCUAUGAGACAGCCUAA